UGUCUCAAUCUCAAGCCUUCUCCUUCCCGCGGAAAUUCCUCUCUCUCUCUCUCACACUCAAUCACUCUCCCAACCUCGAUGCCACAAUUCUUCCAUCUCCAUCAAACCGUCACCGGAAAAAAUCGCUUCCCUCCGGUCCCAUGUCCGAACCACCUCCCUCCGUCUUCGAUCAUGAUCCCUCCCCCUCCGCCGCCAAGCUUCGUAAGAUCCCUCCCAUCCCUAUUCGCCGCGAUACCAAACCCAAUGCCGGAGACUCUGAUCCCGAUCAAGAACAUGACCACGCCGAGGAUCAUCCUCCUCAACCUGGCGAUUCCUCCAUCAUAAUGGCCUCCUCCCUCGGGUUGAACCACAUUCGGACGCGGUCUGCUCCUCUUCCGCUUCGGACCUGUGCCGUUGGCACGCCCUCCAAUUUGGGCGAUGAUUCCAGGAAUAAUGUCGCCGACGGGAGUGAGUCGGAGCCAAAAAAUUCCUCCACUGAACAGGGGACAAACAUUCCGUGGAGUCAACCGAACUCUUUAAGAUAUCCGUCGGCUCUGAAUCAUGAUAUCGAGGGUCAUCAUGCAACAUAUACAAAGGAAAUUCAGUCUCCACGAUUCCGUGCAAUACUGCGUGUUACUAGUGGAAGAAAGAAGAGAACCCCUGAUAUCAAAAGCUUCUCUCACGAGCUCAAUUCCAAAGGAGUUCGCCCUUUUCCAGUUUGGAAGCCUCGGGCAUUUGGACAUUUGGAAGAGAUCAUGGUUGCUAUCAGAGCAAAAUUUGACAGGUUAAAGGAUGAUGUUAACUACGAACUGGGCAUUUUUGCUGGAGAUCUCGUAGAUAUACUUGAAAAGGCAGAUGGAUCUAUGCCUGAACUUAAGGAGGGUUUGGAGGAUUUGUUGGUGGUUGCUCGGAAAUGUGCGACAAUGUCACCUACUGAAUUCUGGACAAAAGGUGAAGGCAUUGUCCAGAAUCUAGAUGACCGGCGCCAGGAGCUGUCAUUAGGAAUUCUUAAGCAAGCCCACACCCGCCUUCUUUUCAUCCUGACACGAUGUACGCGGCUUAUUCAGUUCAGAAAGGAGAGUGGUUAUGAAGAUGAGCACAUUUUGGGUCUUCAUCAGCUUAGUGAUCUAGGAAUUUAUCCAGAGAAAAUCAGGCAACUCGAACAACUUGAGUUUGGUGAUCCAUUGACUGGGAAAGAAGAUAUUGCGAAGCAGCUGAAGUUAGUUGGGAAGGAUCAAGCCCAUCGCAUUGUGAAGCAAGAUUCAGAACAAACUUUUAGUAAUAGUGCUGGAAAUGUUAGUCUGGACUCUGCCGUAAGUUUUGAUUCAUCUACAAGCAUGUAUAGGAUGGCAUCCUGGAAAAAGCUACCAUCAGCAGCUGAGAAGAACCGGAAAGACCCUGUCGAUACAACACAUGCCAAGGAUAAAAUUGAGGUGUUGCAUGUACAUGAAGCUAAAACUGGGAGCAAUGAGAAAUUAGAUAUCCCAUCUAGUCAUAUUGAGCAUUCAGAAGCACCCCCUAAAGAACAAAAAGUAUCUUGGGGAAUAUGGGGUUAUCAUCAAAAUGCCAAUUUUGAGAGUUUGAUGAUCUGUCGGAUUUGUGAGGUUGAAAUUCCGACUAUUCAUGUUGAGGUGCAUUCUCGAAUUUGUACAAUUGCCGAUAGGUGUGAUUUGAAAGGUUUAACUGUGAAUGAGCGCCUUGAGCGGGUUGCUAGAGCUCUUGAAAAGAUACUGGAGUCUUGGACGCCUAAAAGUACACCAAGAAGUAGCGAUACUUCCUGUGCAAAUUUUGAUACUGUUAAGGUUUCUACAUCAAAUAUGCAAGAAGAGAUUUUUGAGUUGUCAUCUAAAGGAAUCAGUUUGUCAUGUCGAAACUCUGAAGAGCUGCUUGAUUCCCUCCCUGUUACUGGAAACUCUUCCUUUGUGGAAAGUCAGGAUAUUUUUCAGGAUCAAUCAUACAAUCGACCAUUUAUUUUCACACCAGAACACAGUACAAAAUCAAUGUCAGCUGGAACUCUAACACCAAGAUCACCUCUUUUAACACCCAGGUCCAGUCAGAUUGAAUUGCUGUUGCAUGGGCGAAGAGCAAUAUCUGAACUUGAAAAUUAUCAGCAGAUAUACAAAUUGUUGGAUAUUGUUCGUUCCAUUGCAAACGUUAACAACUCUGGCUAUGGUGCAUUGGAGUGUAUGCUCGAUCGAUUAGAAGACCUUAAAUAUGCAAUCCAGGAUAGGAAGGUCGAUGCCCUUGUUGUGGAGACUUUUGGAAGGCGCAUAGAGAAGCUCUUGCAGGAAAAAUAUGUACAACUUUGUGGGCAAAUAGAAGAUGAUAAAGUAGACUCUUCAAUUGGCAUAGUUGAUGAAGAGAGUUCAGUGGAAGAUGAUACUGUUCGUAGUCUGCGUGCAAGUCCGGUUAACCCAUGUUCAAAAGAUCGAACAUCUAUUGAAGAUUUUGAAAUAAUCAAACCAAUUAGUAGAGGAGCCUAUGGCCGAGUUUUCCUUGCCAGAAAACGAGCAACUGGAGACUUAUUUGCAAUAAAGGUUUUAAAGAAGGCUGAUAUGAUUCGCAAGAAUGCAGUAGAAAGUAUUUUGGCUGAACGCAAUAUCCUUAUCUCAGUUCGCAACCCUUUUGUGGUCCGCUUUUUCUACUCUUUCACAUGUAGGGAAAAUCUGUAUCUGGUCAUGGAAUACUUAAAUGGUGGUGAUAUUUACUCCUUACUGAGAAACCUAGGGUGCUUAGAUGAAGAUAUGGCUCGGGUUUAUAUCGCUGAAAUUGUUCUUGCUUUGGAGUAUUUGCACUCCUUAAAUGUGAUUCACAGAGACUUAAAGCCAGAUAACUUAUUGAUUGGUCAAGAUGGUCACAUUAAGUUGACAGAUUUUGGGCUCUCCAAAAUUGGUCUUAUCAAUAGUACAGAUGAUUUCUCAGGUCCAUCAAUCAAUGGAACUGUUCCACUUGGAGACAAUGGACCUAUAUCUCAAUCUCUGUCAAAAAGAGAACACCGACAAAAGCAUUCAGUUGUUGGUACUCCAGAUUAUUUGGCCCCUGAGAUACUUCUGGGCAUGGGACAUGGUGUAACUGCGGAUUGGUGGUCUGUUGGAGUAAUUCUUUUUGAGAUGCUUGUAGGACUACCGCCGUUCAAUGCAGAAAGUCCACAGCUAAUUUUUGAUAAUAUCAUUAAUAGAGACAUACCAUGGCCCAAGGUACCGGACGAGAUGAGUUAUGAAGCCCAGGAUUUGAUUGACAAAUUGCUGACUGAAAAUUCAGUUCAAAGACUGGGAGCUACAGGAGCCAGAGAGGUGAAGCAACAUCCUUUCUUCAAGGAUAUUAAUUGGGAAACUCUUGCAAGGCAGAAGGCCAUGUUUAUACCAUCAGCAGAGCCACAUGAUACAAGUUAUUUCAUGAGUCGGUAUAUAUGGAAUCCAGAAGACGAGGACUUUAAUGGUGCUAGUGACUUUGAUGAUCAUGAUUUGACAGAUACCAGCAGUAGUUCAUUUAGCAACCUACAAGAUGAAGAUGGAGACGAAUGUGGUAGUUUGGCUGACUUCUGUACACCAGCCCUUUCUGUGAAGUACUCGUUCAGCAAUUUCUCUUUCAAGAAUUUAUCACAGUUGGCUUCCAUCAAUUAUGAUUUGGUGGUGAAGAGCAGCCAAAACUCACCAGAUAUAACCAGACCAUCCUUUCCUUGAUGAAGCUAUUUACGUACACCAUAUUUGGCUGCUCCAUCUUCAUCAUCUUUUGCUUCCCAACAACUGUUUUCUGAAUCCUGAAGUCUUUAAAGAUCAUACAUUUUCCAGUGUGCUGUUUGAAGGAUUUUUUUUAUUCAAUGGGGCUGUUGGUAAUCACUGUAUGAGCCAAUAUCACCGUAGAUUUUGCUGCCCCAUGUUGGAAUCAUCUUUAAGAGCCUCCAUCCACGUAUGUUGGCUUGUUAAUGGCUCAUCUUUUUCAGUGCAAUAAUUAGCUUCUGUUAAUGGAGAUAUGGCGGCUGAGGAAUCAGUGCAGCUUCCUUGGCUGCAACUUUCUGUUUCUUGCUUCUGCAGAGGCUUGGUUGUGACCGGAUCUAUCCCCAUCUUGAUGAGCUUCUUCAGUUGUUCUUGAUUUCGUUAUUUGUUCUUCCGGUAAGGUCGCUGCAGUCUUUGACCAUCUGAAAUCAACAAAAAUGAAUGUGUUCGGGUCAAAGCAGAAGGAAGAAGAGAGACAAUGCCUCUACUUCGUCUUAAACUAAAGUUUUUUUCGAAUUUGUUCUUUAAGUUCUAAAAGGUUAGAAUGUAAAAUUUCAUCUACCAAUAAACCUUCAAUUGUCUC